AUUGUGCUCUAUUGCGCUGUCAGUUUAUGCGCAUGCGCGCGCAAAUAUUUCCAAUCGUUUGAUUGCGCGCGCUUUCCGCCUGAUUUGUGUUAUAUACUGUUUAAAAAUUGGAGCUCCGAUCCAAGGUCCGAAAAAUUUUGGUCGCGCGGGACCAAAAACGGAGCGCGCAUGCGCGGACCAGAGCGAUAGAGCGACGGAGCGUGCAGCGCUCAGUCCUCCUGCAGCCACGAAUAGGUGUGAAUAGGUGCGUUGUUGCGAGCGAUAACGGGCGGCCGGCCCUAAGUUUUUGUCGUCGCUGUUGUCGUUGUCAAGUCGCCGUUUUAACGACAAGCUUUGUUUUGUAUACUGAGUGGCGCAGACUGAACUAAUUACACCAGAAAGCUGCAGUGUUUGUUUUCAAAGACGCACGUUACGACGUUAACAUAUCGUUCUACUGGAACAAAAUGGACAUUCGGAAAUUUCUGAGUAAAAAACCACGACUUGAGAACGAUGAAGUAAAUGUAAGUAUAAAAUGCUUGUUUCUUUGGCACUAAAGGUUUUCUCGUCGCGCAUGCAGAUAUAAUUAAUGCAAAAUUAGAAUAUAAUUUUCGAAUAUUUAUUCUUAUUUGGUAUUUACAGAUAAAUAAUCAACCUUUGGCUCGUUUUGAAAAAAUUAAUGCAAAUGAAGAAUCUGCCUCGACAACUAUAACUGAAAUACAAGUAGUAAACCCAAACGAUAUUGGACUGUUCGUUGACAAGCCUGCAGCUUCGAGCAUUGAUUCUACGAAGAAACUUCAAGAAAAUAUUUGGGUUCCACCAGACACCUAUCAAUUUCCAGCAUCGGGCCCAAGAAAUUUAAAAUUCCAGAGGUCUUGGUUAACGAAGUAUAAGUGGUUGGCAUAUUCGGCGGUAAAAAACGGAGCAUUCUGCAAAUGCUGUGUAUUGUUUGGUGUCACGAAGGCAGGAGUUCAUGGACAACAAGUAGGUAACCUAGUAUCAAAACCUUUCACCAAUUGGAAGAAAGCUAUAGAAAGCUUUAACAACCAUUCGUCACUGGAAUACCACAAAACAUCUUUAUUAAAAUCAGAAUUAAGAGGUGAUAUUGAUAAUCAAGCUACGUUGUCGAUCGAUUUAUUACUAUCGAAGCAGAAACUAGAUUUCUUAGCCGAAAGCAGAGAACAUAUGGAAGCUAUAGUUCAAACAGUGAUUCUUUGUGGUCGACAAGGAUUGGCACUCCGAGGAAAUAAUGAUACUGGUCGAAUCGUUCUGCAAGGACCCGAUUAUAAUGACGGGAAUUUUCGAGCUCUUUUGAGAUAUCGUGCGGCAACUGAUGUGAAAUUAAAACUUCAUUUAGAGCAUUCUCCGAAGAAUGCGAUGUACAUUAGCAACCGUAUUCAAAAUGAAAUAAUUUCCAUUUGUAAUCAAAUGAUACAAAAACAGCUCAUCAAUAAGAUUAAUGAUUCUAAGGCCUUUACGCUUAUGGCAGAUGAGUUAGCGGACAUUUCGGGGGUCGAACAAAUUUCGAUUUGCAUCCGGUACGUAAGCGAAGAUCACGGUAAAUUUAAAAUUUGCGAAGAUUUCUUGAGUUUUAUUCCAACGACACAACUUACUGGGAAAGGACUGGCGGAUGUGAUUUUAUCGUUCCUGGAAACUUCACAGAUUGAUUGUAUGUACUUCUUCGGUCAGUGCUACGACGGAGCAAGAAAUAUGAGUGGAGAAUUUCACGGAGCUCAAGCUUAUAUUCAGGAAAAAUACAAUUUAGCUCUGUAUUCACAUUGUGCAGCUCACAGUUUUAAUUUGGUUGUUAGUGACGCGUGCAAAGUUGUUCCGAUCAGACAUUGUUUAGGCACUAUUCAGAGCGUAUAUAAUUUUUUCAACUACCCCAAACGCCUGCUUGCACUUCAAGACGCCAUUGCUAGAAAUGAUUACCUUCGUGAUGAUAAAAAAAAGAAAUUGAAACAAUCAUGUACGACGAGAUGGGUGGAACAGCACGAGUCAGUUGGAAUAUAUUUUCAUCUACAACCAGAAGUUAUAGACGCCUUGGAAGUCAUCUCAAGUUCUUGGACUGAUUCAAAAACGACGCAACGCUUUUCAACUUCUAUCUGCAAUAGGAACCUUGGAUUUUCAGAUUUCAUUAAAAAUUCUUCAAUCAGUUCAUUUGUUGGCUUUAUCAUUAAGUCGAGUACUUCAAACUGAGAAUCAGGAUUUAGUUGAAGCUAUAAAGUUGGCCGAAGCUGUAAAAGAAGAAUUAAUGAAUAUGAUAAAGCACGCAGAAGAAAAUUUCAGUACGAUUUUUGAAGAAGUUCGCUAGACAUGUGGAAAGCACGAUAUUGAAGUAAAAAAGCCGAGACUUGCUUCCCGUCAAACUCAACGUUGCAAUGUUAUGAGUGGGGAUAUUGAAGAUUACUAUAGAAUUUCUACGUAUUUACCAUACCUUGAUUUAUUCAUUACUCAUCUUGUUGACCGUUUUCUCAAACAUCGCGAGAUACUAACAAAUUUUGGAUGUCUUUUUCCAUCGAAAACUUCAACCCUAGAUGAAGAAGCCUGCAAACAACUCUUUUCUAAGUACGCUACGAUUUUGAAUGCUGAUUCUCCUGAAGUAUGGAUCAGUGAAGUGCGGAUUUGGCGAAGACGAAUUUUGGACAAAAAUAUCAAAAAUUCUCUCGAUGCUCUUGAUGUCUGCAAUGAGGAUGCUUUUCCUAAUGUCCAUAAAAUCUUGAGGGUAAUGGCUGUACUACCAGUAACAACUUCGACAAACGAUUGCUCUUUCUCAACAUUACGCAGGUUGAAAAAUUAUUUGUGUUCUAC